AUGCCUAUGACACUGGGUUACUGGGACGUCCGCGGGCUGGUUUUCCCUGUCCGUGCACUCCUGGAAUACACUGGCACCAGCUAUGAGGAAAAGCAUUACACCAUGGGGGACGGUCCAGACUGUGACAUAAGCCAGUGGCUGAGUGAAAAAUUCAAGCUGGGCCUGGACUUCCCCAAUCUGCCCUACCUGAUUGACGGCACUCACAAGCUCACCCAGAGCAAUGCCAUUGUGCGCUAUCUCGGCCGCAAGCACAACCUGUGUGGGGAGACGGAAGAGGAGAAGAUUCACGUGGACAUUUUGGAGAACCAGGCUAUGGACAACCGCAUGCAAUUCCUCAGGAUCUGUUACAGCCCUGACUUUGUGAUUGUGCCUGCGGGUGCUGACAGCCUUUUGUUCUUUCAGGAGAAGCUGAAGCCUGACUACCUCAAGGGCCUCCCAGACAAGCUGACACUGUACUCCCAGCUCCUGGGGAAGCGGCCCUGGUUUGCAGGGGACAAGAUCACCAUUGCUGAUUUCCACGUCUAUGACAUCCUGGACCAGAACCGUAUAUUUGUUCCUGGUUGCCUGGAUGCAUUCCCAAACCUGAAGGAUUUCAUGGCCAGAUUUGAGGCCCUGCCAAAGAUCGCUGCCUAUAUGAAAUCCAGCCGCUUCAUCAGAGUACCUGUGUUUUCUAAGAUUGCCAGGUGGACAGGAAAGUAGGACUCUAGUUUUAAGGGUAGGAUCAGCUUUGGAGAGCUCAGGCCCCCAGCCCUGCCUCAGCAUUCUCAGUCCUCUCCCUCCACUGUCUCCUCCUCUGCAGCCUACUGUCUCCUGUCCUCUAAGCCAACCCCCCCAUACAGA